AUUAUAAAAAAGACGAGGAAACUGGGAACAUCGUGCAGCAAUGCGAGACGAUUCUCCAAAUUUGCCGAGGUAUUGCCGUUGCUGCAGCACGACUCUUAUAGCUUCGAUUAAAAGCCUGAAGUAAAGACUGAAUGCAUUAGGAAUCGUAGAAGCAGCGGGGUGAAUCCCCUGUGUUCGCUGAGUGUGAGCAUGGAGGAUUAUGAUUACUUAUUCAAAAUUGUGCUGAUAGGAAAUGCAGGAGUGGGUAAAACCUGCCUGGUGCGACGUUUCACUCAGGGGCUGUUUCCUCCUGGACAGGGUGCCACAAUUGGAGUUGAUUUUAUGAUUAAAACUGUGGAAAUAAAAGGAGUUAAGGUGAAGCUCCAGAUUUGGGACACAGCUGGUCAAGAAAGAUUUCGCUCUAUAACUCAGAGCUACUACCGCAGUGCCAAUGCCCUGAUCCUCACCUACGACAUCACCUGCGAAGAUUCGUUCCGGUGCCUUCCUGAGUGGCUGAGGGAGAUUGAGCAGUACGCCAACAACCAAGUGGUGACAAUCCUUGUAGGGAAUAAGAUAGACUUGGCUGAUAAGCGAGAAGUCCUUCGUCAACGAGCAGAGGAGUUUGCAGAUUCUCAGAGCAUGCUUUAUCUGGAGACCUCUGCCAAAGAAUCAGACAACGUGGAGAAGCUCUUUCUAGAUCUGGCCUGCGAACUAAUCCGUGAGGCCAAGCAAAACACGUUGGACAACAACGACUCCACUCCCAUGCCCGGAGAAGGGAAAAACAUCAACUAUUUGGGCUGCUGCAGCAUGAACUAGUAGACUUGGCCACGCUGUCUGGCUGAGGAGACAACAUGGAUUGCAUACAAAGUGGUUUUAUUGUUGGUGGCCACUGUGUAGUUGCACACUACAGUCUACACUAAGGUCUACUUUAUUCUUCUUAAAUUCUUGGGUAUUUUAAAACAUCAGUGAUGCUGCUUUUAAAGUUGGCAUCUGAAGCUUUUAUGCUAUGGACCAUGGCCUUGUUGUUUUACAGUUGUGCUUGCUGGUAGGUCAGACAAUGAGAUUUUCUAAACUCCUGAACAAUGCAACAGUUGGGAUUUCCCUGCUGACUUAAGAGCCUAUGUAUUUUUCAUAUUAGAGAUUUAAAAAACAACAACAAAAUUUUGAAUGCCGAUCUUCAUCAGUUAUUUCACUCACCUGAUAAAUUGGUUUGUCCAAAAAUGUGUAAUUUAUUCACCCUCAUCUGGUUCCAAAUUCAUAUUAAUUCCAACAUAUACUGAAUCAGGAACAGCAAAAUUAUUUAAUGACACCACCUAAUUUUCUUGUGGAUGACAGGAAAAAAAAUGUUGUAAAGCAUUGCAGACAUGGGAUUGGUUGUUGUGCAUUAUGACACACUACAGGAAGUGAAAUAAUUAAUCCUGUGUCCUGAUGCCUAUUUGUUGUUUACAAAUCCUCACAUCACCUUACCUCAGGCAAAUUGUGACGUUAUUUGGAGAAAAACAAACAAACAAAUGUAAUCUGAACCUUAUGGCAAGCCAUAUUACUUUAACUGUAGUCUAAUUCUUAUGAAGCCAUAUGAUGCUUUCAGGUUUGGAACAAUAUGAAGGUAAAUGAAUGAUGAAACUGUUUGUUUUAGGUUGGCUGCACUGUUAAAGGGGUAAUUUACCCAAACCAUUUACUUCUGUCAUCAUUUACUAACCCUCAACUUGAUCCAAACUAGUUUGAGUUUUUCUCUUCUGUUCAUCACAAAGGAAUAUAUUUGUAAAAUGUUAUUAACUUGUUGUAAUUGACAUAGUAUUUUCUUCCCUUUACUCGGAAUGUCAGAAGCUGGGUUUCCAUCAACCUGUGCUAAUGCACAUGUUGAUGUAUCGCAAAUGAUGGAAGCACCAAAUUUGAAAUACAUUUUCAUUGAUUUGC